AUGAAAAAGAAUCUUAUUACUGUUUUUGACGGUGUUAAUUCUUUACAAGGAAAUGCAAUUGUUAAUUAUUUAUUAAAUGAUGACAGAUUCCAUAUAAGAGCCCUCACAAAUAGAAUCGACAAGGAUUCUAUAGAGUCAGCAGAAAAAUUAAUUGAAAAAGGAUGUCAAGUAGUUAAAUGUGACCCAAAUGAUACCAUAGAGGAAAUAGAAAAGGCUUUACAUAGUAGCUAUGCAGUGUUUUUAAAUACCGAUAUUUUCAUACACAAUAUUAAAGAGGCAUCUAAUGGAAAGAAAGCAGUCGAGGCUGCUUACAAUGCUGGUGUUAGACACUUAAUUUUUAGUGGCUUUGUACCAGCUAGAAAAAUAUCAAACAAUUCUUUUCCAGUGGAGCACUUUGACCUCAAAUACGAAAUAGAAGAGUAUGCAAGAGAAGUUUCAAUAAUCCAUCCAGAGUUCAUAACCUCUUUUAUAUAUGCCCCAAUAUUUAUGCAAAAAAUUGGUAAAAUGUUCAAAAUCCAAAAAGAUUCAAAUUCAAAUCAUUAUUUAUUUAGUCUCCCACUAGACCCAUUAUCGAAAUUAGAAAUUGCCGAUAUAAAUGACAUUGGGCCAAUAUUCACUCAAAUAGUAACCAAUCCUUUAAAAUAUAGCGGGGUAACUGUGGUUUUUGCUGGUGAUGAAUUAACUGGAGACGAAAUUGCAAAAUUAAUUUCUAAAUAUUCUGGUGGAAAAACUGUAAAAUAUAACUAUGUCCCAACCACAGAGUUCUCAAAAUUACAUUUUCAAGGAGCUUCACAAAUAGCUAAAAUGUUUGAUUACUUCAAUAAAUUUGGUAUAUUUUAUUCAUAUGAUAGAUCAAUUGCAAAAGGGAUCACAAAAUUAACAACAUUUGAUGAGUAUUUAAAAAAGAAUCCAAUCCAAAUAAAUUAA